AUGACUGAUUCGUUGUCCGCUUCACGUCGCAUCUUCACCACAUCGCUCCCAUUGGAACACCUUACCCCGCCUUCCCCAUACUCCCGACCAAACCCCUUCCCCCAGCCCUUACCCGGUGUACUGACCAUCUUCUUCAGGCUUUUCGAACGCGGUGCUACCUGUGUCGGUCUAGACUUCCUUGCUCACCCGUUCUGGGACAAGUACAUUGAGUACGAAGAGCGACAGGAGGCCCAAGACAAGAUCUUUGCCAUCCUGUCUCGCGUCAUCCACAUUCCGAUGCACCAGUAUGCCCGGUACUUCGAGCGCUUCCGCCAGCUUUCCCACAGCCGCCCCGUGACCGAACUAGUUCCCGCCGAGACGUUGGACAAAUUCCGGACGGAAGUCGAGGCGGAGAGUGCCCAGUAUGCCGGCGUUCAGCGAACAGAACUUGAGGUCGAGCGUGAUAUCCGCACCAAGAUCGAUGCCAUGUACUACGAGUACUUUACUCAGACCCAAGCCGAGACCAAUAAGCGAUGGACCUACGAAUCCGAAAUGAAGCGUCCUUACUUCCAUGUUACCGAACUCGAGAGCUCGCAGCUCACCAACUGGCGCAAGUACCUCGACUUUGAAGAGUCUGAGGGCAACUUCACCCGCAUCGUAUUCCUUUACGAGCGGUGCUUGGUGACGUGCGCCUUUUACGACGAAUUUUGGUUCCGAUACGCCCGGUGGAUGUCUGCGCAGGAGGGUAAGGAGGAAGAGGUUAGGAUCAUCUAUCAGCGAGCUGCCACUUUGUAUGUGCCCAUCAGCCGUCCGGGCAUCAGGCUGCAAUUUGCCUAUUUCGAGGAGAGCUGCGGACGUGUCGACAUCGCCCGCGAUAUCCAUGCGGCGAUACUCACAAAGCUCCCUGACUGCAUCGAGGUCAUCACCUCAUGGGCCCACCUCCAGCGCCGUCAGAGCGGCCUGGACGCGGCUAUCGAGGUGUUUAAGGCGCAAAUCGACUCUCCCCAGGUGGACAUCUUCACCAAAGCAGCCCUCGUCACCGAAUGGGCCCUCUUCCUAUGGAAGGUUAAGGGCUCGGUGGAAGAGGCUCGCAAUGUGUUCCUCAAGAAUGUGCAGUGGUACGCCGACAGCCGCGUCUUCUGGGACAGAUGGCUUGAGUUCGAAUUGCAGCAGGCCACGAGCACGGACGUGGAGGACCAGCAUGGCGACCGCGUCAAGCAAAUCUUUGACGAACUCCGUAGCAAGAGCCGCUUGUCAGCUUCGACGAAGAAGGAGCUGUACCGGAUCUACUUGUCUUACCUUCAGCAGCGGGGUGGCAAGGACGCGAUGAAGCAGUUCUUGGUCAUUGACAGGGAGAUUUUUGGACCUGGCUCGAUUUCUCUGUUGAACAAGGCGCCUGCCGCCGGGAAGGAAAACGGUGUUGCCGACACCGAAAUGGACGAUGCGACCAAGUACCGAGCCGAGGCCAGAUACCUCAGGUACUACGAACUGCAGGGCGAACCCGACCUUGAGGGCCAGACGACAGCGCCUUUUAACUAG